AUGGCAGAUCGAGUACACCCUACGGUGCCACCGUCUUCAUCCUCGACGGAAACAUCAUCCAAAAGUAAUGUUGAAGCUCCGCAUCCACCACAUCCGGAGCCAUCGAAGCCGGUCCCGCCACCGCCGGCAACUUAUGUCAUUCAGCUUCCCAGAGAACAAAUCUUCCGCUAUCCACCAACUGAAAGUACCCGCAAAUUCCGAACUUCGAACCUUAAAAAAAAUCGACGGAGCUGCUGCCGGCGGUGCUGCUGCUUUACCCUCUGCCUCAUUCUUCUCCUCAUUGUCGCGGCAUGCAUCGCGGCCGGGGUGUUCUAUCUCAUCUUCCGUCCUGAAUCGCCAAGGUAUACAGUAGAUCGCAUCAGGAUGAAGGGCUUCAACCUGACGUCAACAGCGCCUAUCUCGCCUGGAUUUGACGUAAGCAUCAAGGCGAACAACCCUAACGACAAGAUCGGAAUAUACUAUUUAAAAGACGGCGCCGCUAGCGUUUUCUACAACGACGUUAGGUUAUGCGACGGCGUUUUGCCCACGUUUUACCAACCGAAGAAUAACAUUACGGUAUUCCAGACGACGUUAAAGGGGUCUAGCAUUGUUCUGGCACGAGCUGUUAAAACGGAGCUAUUAAAUGCACAAAAAAUGUCAACCGUGCCGUUUGUUUUGAGAGUAAAAACGCCCGUUAAGAUCAAGGUGGGAUCCAUUAAGACUUGGGAAAUCAACGUUAAGGUCAAGUGUGACGUCAUUGUCGAUGCAUUAAAUGAAAAGGCAAAAAUUAUUUCUAAAAAAUUACCUCCUCCUCCUGUACUGAUGCCUGUUCCUGGUGCUGGUCCAUUGGGUCCUUUUGUUCCGGCUCCUCCUGAAGUUGCAAUGCGAAUGUUGCAAGAUCAGGGAGGCCCUUCCCUGUUCGAAGGCAGUAGAAAUGGAAGGUCAGGGCCCCAGUUGAGUGGGCCUGCCCCAAUAAUUGCUUUACCUCCAUCUUUUCGACAGGAUCCUCGACGCUUACGAAGCUAUAAUGACCUUGAUGCACCAGAAGAUGAAGUCACAGUCAUAGACUACAGGAGUUUAUAUAACUUAGCAGGUGAGCAGCCCAGAACCGAUCAAAGAUUUGCAGGUAUGGGAGUUGAUCGAGUGCAGGCCCCAAUACGAUUUGCAGUAGUUACCGGCGCGAACAACGGCAUUGGUUUGGAGAUAGUCCGGCAGCUCGCGAGUGCAGGCUUGACCGUUGUUCUUACAGCCCGGAAUGAGAACCGGGGUUUAGCAGCGACAUCACUGCUUCAGGAAUCGGGUUUAUCAAAUGUAGUGUUCCAUCAGCUUGAUGUUCAAGACAGAGAGAGCAUAGAAUCAUUGGCCAACUUCAUAAACACACAAUUUGGAAGGCUUGAUGUAAACAAUGCUGGAGCUUCUGGUGUUUUAGUUGAUGAAGAUGCCCUCAGGACCUUAAAUAUAGACCCUGCAACUUGGUUAGCAGGAAAUGCUGCCAACUUGGUUCAAGAUAUGAUAAAAACGACCUACGAGAAGGCAAAUGAAUGUUUAGAUACUAAUUACUAUGGUGUGAAGAACGUAACCGAAGCUCUUCUUCCUCUGUUACAGCUUUCCACCUCUGGAGCGAGGAUAGUGAAUGUUUCUUCCUUAAGGAGUGAAUUAAGAAGGAUCCCUAAUGAGCAGACUAGAAAAGAACUUGGAGACAUUGACACUCUAACUGAAGAGAAAAUUGACAAGAUAUUGCAAAGAUUUUUGCAUGAUGUGAAAAAUGAUGAAAUAGAAAUGAAUGGAUGGCAAACAAUGCUACCAGCCUACAGCAUAUCAAAAUCCACACUGAAUGCAUACACUAGAGUUGUUGCAAAGAAGUACCCACAAAUGUGCAUAAACUGUGUCCAUCCAGGACAUGUCAAUACAGAUUUUAAUUUGCAUACUGGGACAAUGACAGUGGAAGAAGGAGCUGAAGCUCCUGUCAUGAGCACUUAUUUUGCUCUCACGCAAAGCAAAGUGUUGAGAUACUCUCAAAUUACGCCCUUAUCAUGGUUCAUGUUAUAUUUGUGA